CGUCACUAGCACCUGUCACGUCUGUCAUUAUUUGUGAGAAAUUCGGAGCCUUUCGCGUUCAUAGUUCGUAUUAUGUGCUCGCGAAUGUUGUAGGUGGAGCUCAUACUUUUUUAGUUUUUGCGCUCUCGUUCCACUUUUCGAAAGUAAUCUUUUAUCAUUUCAAAAUUCAAUGCUGUGUGGUGUGAUUACCUUGAUGUUUGGUUUCUAAAGUGAUGUGUGAAGGCUGUACUUAGGUCGAAUUGUGAAUAUGAUGUCACUUUUAUUCUGCGUGAUACCUUGAAAACAUGAGUGUUAGUGUUGAGGGGGACGUGUCGAGCCCCCUGUCGGACGGGCAGGACGCGACGAUCUCCAAGUCAUCGUCAGACAGUCUGAAGAUCGACGAGGAGCCUUGUCAAGAUGAGAAAUCCGAGCCGAGUACUCCGAAACCACAUCCGAUGGCCUUUACCAUCGACUUUGGUGGGACGAAGCCUGUUGACAAAAGGAAACUGGAAGAGCUGGCGAAGAAAUCGCAGGCUCGCCAUCAGAGAGUCCAGUCGAUGUCGGCAAGUCUCACUAGGCCCAGUCCAGCCCUACAGCGUCCUCCCAUGAGCGCCAAACUCCCCCGCAAAGCCCAAGGCUACAACUCUGAAGGUUACUUCUCCUCAGACCAGGAGGACAGUGGCCUGUCAGGGUCAGUGAAACUACGAAACAGUCCAUUAGCACAAAAUGUUACGCACAUAACAAGUCCUAAUACAAAUAGACAUAUUAAAUCCCCUGUUACUGACACUGUCCUGCCAAAACGCACGUCCAAAAGUCCUAUAGUUGAUAGUAUUAUGUCUAGGAGUGAUAACUUUACUUCACGGCAGGGUCUGAACUUGCCUUUGAAGGGAAACUCUUACACAAGAGAUCAGGUACACAGAACACCAAGUUAUGGUAACAUCAACAGGCAUGUUAUGGGUGACAUAAUAGACCAGAGCCCUGAGGGACUCAUGUUGACUGAUAUAUCAAGUCCUGAGCUAGAUAUCUUAACACCAGAUAAUGGUUUGUCUACUCCUGAACACUCCAAGAGUCCACUAAUACGCAAAAGCAGAGCAUCUUCAGAAACUCCAGAUUUAUUCAAGAAAUGCAUUGCCAAAGAACCAUUGUACAUCGAUGAUGAUGUGGAUGCACAGUCUGAUAACUCUUCAACAGGUACUUAUACUAUUGAGGGAGAUAAUUAUACAGAGGAACAGAAAGCUAGGAUGAGCAUUGACAGAACCUUCGGUACUUCAAUACCUCAUGUGGUUGACGAACCCCUUUCAAAAAAAGGCAGUGAGACAGAUCCUGAACUAGUUUUCGACUUCCCAAACCCUCAAAGAGUGAUAACAAAAGAACCUCGAAGAGACAUAGCACUCCGUAGUCCAUUACUCAAUCAAUCAUUUGAAAUUCCCAAAAUAUCUAAAGAUAAAAAUGUGUUAGAGAUUUCAUGCUGUUACGAAUCACCAACAGAAAAUGAUUUAGCAGCACAGACAUCAAAGCAGAUUAAAUCUACACGGAGUUACUUAGAAAAGAUAAAGAAUAGAGUUAGAACAAUCACUGAGAAGACUUUUGCGAAGUCUCCACCGAAGCAUGAUGAUGCUGACAUUGGUAGUUUCACUUCGGUUACUACAUCCGGAGUUUUGAGUUCUCGAAUCCCUCCUAAGUUAGAGCCUGUGCUACGUAGGUGUAGCCUAACGAAGUCAGAGAUAGACCAAACAGAUUACGUUCAUCGGUUGUCUAGAGAGUCUUCAGUGCCGGUGUCUUUACCAAGUACUAAGUUAGGGUUGGAGGAGCCUAAAUUUGAGAGCACAGCAUUGAAAAAUGCUCAGAAAGCUUUGAGGGAAGAGUGUGGUAUUAGUGCAAUAUCCUCGGACAUGUCUCCGGAGCAGGUGGUAGGGAAACUGUCCUAUUUGAGCCUGAACAGAUGCAAGGGAGAUAAGACAUGGAUUCAGGACUGGGCUGAGAGUGUCAAGAAGUACAACACUAACAGUUUGACUAAGGAGGAAGGAGUUUUGGAUGAUAGACCUCCUUUGAGUCCACGACAACUGCCGAUUAAACCCCGCAGCCCGCUCACUGGGACGCCCACAAAGAUACCAAGUCCCGUUGGCACUCUAUUAUCAAGGAGAACACCGGACCUCAUUCCAGCCCAGGAGACGGAAUCCUACCUCCAAAAGACACAAAAUGCCAUCACAAAUCUACAAGCAAAGCUUCAGUCUUCAAGGACGAACAAUUUCAGCAGCAUUCCCUCAGCACUCACCUCCAGUCUCAUCAGCGAGAAGACCGCUAUCUCUCGCCUCCCGAUCUCACAGCUCAGCCGUUCUAAUUCACUCAACUACCGUCUUAGAAGAAAAGACCACUCAAAUGACAGCAGUCCUUUAAGAAGUCCUGGUCAUUACGUCAUCACUGGGUCUACAAAAGUCCCCGAAAGCACGAAGAUAUUACUAAAUUCUGCGUCAAGGUCUUUAGACACGGAUAGAAGACAUGAUUUGAAUAUGAACAGUCCGUCGUCCGACCGAGGGUUAUUAAGUAACAGCUCUGACGACAAAACACUGUCAAACAGACCACCGUAUGAUGUAGAAGCUAUAUUGUCUCCUCACAGGAAGACACACUCGCGGAACAGGACAUUCGAAAGUCAAACACACGAUGUUAGCAACGCGAACCCUACCGUAUGUCUUAAGACUGUCUUAAAAAACAAUGCCUUGGAUUCAAAGUACCCCCGUAUCGAACCAACACGUUGUCAAGGAGACAAGAAAUGCCACCAGAGAGUAUUAAGCGAUGGUCUCAAAUACAAACCGAAUAACAUCGGCUUCAGUUCAUCGAUUAAAAGAUCGAGUUCAUUCAAUACAGUAAACAAGAACAAUAAUUAUAUCGAUCCUAGAAUUACAUCUAGAAGAUCGAGUGGCCAUUCGGAAGAAUAUAAAGAUUAUUCGGAUGAAUCUGAUAACGGAUCUUAUGAUAAAUCGCAAGAAUGUAGAUACAAGAGACAAGUAAUAAACAGAGGUAGAAUCGAUUCACCAGAUCUCAAAUCGAUAGCGCCAGCCAACUCGCCAAGAAGAUGUCCAAAUACACCAGAAAUGCAUAGGAAAUUCGGACCAGGAUUGGUGCGCAAUUCUGUGAGAGUAACCAAUAAGGAGCGCUUGAGUCCUAGAGUGUCUGAACAGCCAAUCGUGAGAGAAGAGAGAGUUAAACCGACCAAUCAUCAAAGCAGGAGGUCAGCGGAACCAAGACAGACAACGUUGGCUAGACUGACUAAAUCUAGGUCUUCGACGCGGGAAGUUCAACCUAAACAUCUAGAUAAAGGUCAAAAGAAACCAAGCCAGCACCGUUCAUCAUCAGCUCUAGCCACAAAGGAGAUCGAGUUCUCCAACUGGAAGAAGCGAGCGUCCUACGAUCCUAUGAAGGCGGCUCAGGAAGACAAGAGAAGGAAGCAACUGGCAAAACGUCAGGAUUGCAACAAAGAUGAUCUGAGCUCGCCCAGCCAUUCGUCUCCAGUCCACCGCUCACAGUCGUUCCACACCAACAAUAUCGCAGAUCUAGAAACCCUUGACUACUCCUCAGAGGAAACAGAAGAUGAUCAGAUGCUGGUCACUUUACCCGUGGAUCCAAUGGUCACGUCCACUCAUUCAGAUAUCCUGGAUUUGAGGCCUAAAGACUAUGGGAAUCUGAGGAGACAAGCCAUGACUAAUGACGUGGUUCUGUCCAGAGAUUAUGUUACUAGUUUUCAGAUCAACCAAUCAGCGCACGACAAAAAACGGCGGGAAGCCCGCGAGGCAGAUAAAAGAAAAACCUUCAUCAUAGACGAUAUAACUCCUACCAAAGAGAACAUAGACUUCUUGACGAAGACAAGAGAGGAUUCAGCCACAGAUAAGCGCAAAACUUUUAUUCUCGACAGUGAUACUAAUUCUACAACGAAUGGUAGUAGUCCGCGGAAUUCUUCAAUAUUUAGUAAUGAAAAGAAUUCUUUGACUACGGGCACUAGUGAUACGGAGGGAGAGAGCGGAACUGAAAGCGCUCCUGUAGUGAUGAGGCAUCAAGGAGGGAAAAGAAGUGCGCCUGUGCAGGCUAAACAGAGGUACAGCGGUGACUACUCAAUGUCAUCGUCAACGACCUCGAUCAGCCAACGGAAGCCGACAGUCCAGCCCCGGUACCUGGACAUCUCCAAGUACAAGAAUGAACAGUCCCCGAAGAACUUCCUCCGACGGGACCCUAGUAAGACUUACGUAGGGGUGCUGAACAACGACAAGGCUGUCAGCAAGGGGAGCGCUCAGCAUUAUGAAAUGGAACAAAAGAAACAAGAAUUAGAGAAGUGGAAACGAAGGGCAUCGUACGACCCGAGGAAGGCGGCUGCACUCGGAAAGUCGAAUAAGACGCCGUCAAAGACCGCUAGUAGCGUACUUCGCUCACAAUCCUUCCAUGGUCCCGUUACGGCGUACACAGGGCUUCGCCCCCCGCCCCCGGACCAGAUCUGCGAGACGUAUGACGCUUCUAGUGACAACGACUUCUAAAACGACACUGUCGACUUCGAUAUGUGAUAGGCCGCGUUUGUAUUUGCUAGACUAGUCUGUGACAUUUGUAUUCGCUAAAAACUUAAAAUAAAUUGUCAGUAUACAAUUUGCCGAACACCAUAAUUUAUAACACCAGCAGAAAAGAACAAAUCUACAUUACUUAUUACUAAAAAAUAUACCCAAAAUUAAAUUUAAACAUAUCUCAAAUCCGCCCAAACUAUAACAACACUUAAAUGUAAGAUUCUAUCAAUAUAUUGUCUAGUCGUCUAUUCCUACAAUCUUGACUUAAACAAACCUAACCAAGUUUGGAAUAUUCUCCAAGAAUGUUCUAUUUAUUUAUCGAAUAGGGUUUCAUAACAAAUUGUAUAUUGCCAAUAUUUAAAAAAAAGUUCUGUCGAAAUGAUCUCUCAUUUGUUUUUCGACUGAUAUUACCGGUUUUCUAGCGAAUUCAAAUGAGGAAUACGGCGCAGUGUGUUCAAUACUAAUUGUUAGAGUUAAGAGUUGGUCGUCGAUACAAAAUUACAUAUUUCUGUAUACUUUGGCUCGACACAAACUGGUUAGAAGCGGUUAGUAAUGGUUUUUUGCAAUGAAACGCAUAAUAUGCUGUAAUUCCUUGUGUGUUUGUAUUUAAACGCGGUAAAACUUCAUUUCGAACAAGUCUUUGUAUUAUUUAUUUAAUAUUUAAAGUGAAAAAUUAUAAAAAAAUUAUGUUACUAUUUCAUUUGUUGAGAGCGAGUCUUGUUUGGUAUAAAAUGUUCUUGCAUGUCCAUUCCUGAUUGGAAAUCUUGAAAUAUAAUGAAAAGUACAUAAUUUUAUUUUAUUGAUUGUGUUAAUAAUUCAUUGUUAAAGCGGUAUUGUAACAUCAAAUAGGCGUUUCUGUAUUUGGGGAAUGUUGUAACUGUAAAAUUAUUUAACUUAUAGAAAUGAAAUAUUAAAUUAAUUAAAUCAAAACAAAAAAUUAGCAAAAAUCUUAUAAUAGAAUAGACUAGAAAUUUUCAUUGUCUCAAUUUUAAAAAGCAGCUGAUUUGAAUAGCUUCGAUUCUUAAAAAAUAUGAAAUUGUAUAUUUUCCCGUAAAUGAUAUAUUUGAUUUUAAAUAUUCGUCACAGCGACGACGCCUCACGCCAUUACGUAGUUUUCCCGCCAAAUACAGAACAAUGAAAUAACUAAGCCUAUUCGAAUGAUUUAUGAAAUUGAAGUCAUAAUUUUUAAUCAUUUGACGAUUAUUAUGAAAAUGUUAAUUAUUUGGGAGCGAUGCAAUUUUUUUAUAAUAUAUAUAAGUUAUUCCGCACAAAACGAAAUUCCUUUGAUUUCAUGAAAAUGCAUCGUCUUGAAUUUAAUUUUUAUUUUUAUACUGAAAGUACUUCAUAUCUUUUUUGUUUUGUAAAAUAUAAUUUUCUCGUAUAUUUAAGGUCGUUAAUUAAGAAAACAUAUUAAAUAAUAAUAAUUAAAUGUGAUUUAUUAAUAAUGCCUACGUUAUCUUUAGGAUUGGCUAUUAUUAUUUCCCACUAAAAGUGUAUGAGAUUAGUAUUGUUUUUUUUCUAUUAUUGUCCGUCUUAGAUGAACGUAGAUUAAAUUCUCGCUAAUGUAAUAAAUAAAUAUCCCUUUAUAUUGCUCAUAUCAUUCAUACAUCGAUGUAUUUUAGAAAUAUGUGUAACCUCUUUUUAGUUAUUAGUAUUUUUCUUAUAGUGCAAUACCAUCACAUUGAUAAAAAACUUUCUUUAAAAAAAUAUGAACAAAUGUUUUCGUUUAUAUUUUUGUAAAAUUUCGGUAUUACAAUGUAUUAUUUCGGUAUACUCAAUUUUUAUGUAUAAAGAAUUAUUUUUGCGUGAUUUUUUUCUAAGCUAAAUAAAAAAUGACAGUAUUUUUUGCAAUUUUUUUCUAACGUGUAGAUUGCUGUGGAAAUAUUUAUAGACCUGCUGUUGUAUUAUUGGUUUAGACCUGCCAGGCUUGACUCUGCACUGAAAGCUAAAUGCAAAAUACUUAUAUCUUCAAAUUACAUAAAAUAAUAGGACACGCUUUUCCUUUAAAAUAUUACUAUUAAACUUAAUAAAUUAAAUCAAUGAAAUCUUGUGAGUUUCUAGUUAUUUUCUCCAAUAGAAACAUAUUAUUUUCUUUUCAUUACAUUUUAGUAACAUAAUAAUAUUUUAAAGUGAAAAGAAUAUCUAGAUCAUAACUCAAAAGUCUGCUAAUAUUUUUAACUAAACUUAUAAGGAUUUAAAUUCACGAUAUCAUCAUGAAAAAAUAAAACGCCAUCAUUUGACAGUUCUGGACGAAAAUCAAGAUGGCGGACUUUUUUGUGGAAAUAUUGCGAAUUUAUUUAUCUCAAUUUUGAGUAGUGAUUUUACUAUUUAUUUAAUUAGUAGUAAGCCUGGCUUUGUUUCAAUGAGCGCAUUACUGUACCAUAGACGCUGCAAGCGUUAAAUAUUUGUAAAACAUAAUUGAUGUUUAGAGUUUUGUAAAAAUAUUAUUUAAAUAGGAAAGAAAUAAA